AAGAUAAGAUUCAAGCGGAGUACACUCCAGAUAUGCAAGAAUGGAUUUCUGAAAAACUAUUCGACACUCGAAUUAAUGGAUUUAAUGCAACGAUAAAGAGAUACGCAAUUAGAUCAAGUUUCUUCGUGAUGCUUUACGUUGUAAUCACGUUCUUGUGCUAG